GCACCAAAAAUAUAAUAUAAAAAGGAAGAAAUAGAGAGACAGAGAGAGGCACCAAGUAGUAUUGAUAAGUUAUUCAGUUAUCUUCUACUUUUCCAUUCCUAGAUAUGAAUCAAGCAAGUGGGUCAUCUUCUUCCUCACGUUUUAGAUGGCAUUUCGAUGUAUUUUUAAGCUUUCGAGGGGAAGACACUCGAUCCAACUUCACUAGUCAUCUUAAUAUGGCUUUGCGUCAAAGAGGAAUCAAUGUUUUUAUAGAUAACAAACUUUCAAGGGGUGAAGAAAUUUCUGCAUCUCUUUUGGAAGCUAUUGAAGGAUCCAAGAUCUCCAUUGUCAUAAUCUCUGAAAAUUAUGCUUCUUCCAGGUGGUGUUUGAAUGAGCUGGUGAAAAUCAUUAUGUGUAACAAAUUGAGAGGACAAGUGGUUUUACCAAUUUUCUACAAAGUGGAUCCAUCUGAAGUAAGAAAACAAAGUGGAAAAUUUGGAGAAGAAUUUGCCAAACUUGAAGUUAGAUUCUCGUCGGAGAAGAUGCAAGCAUGGAGGGAGGCCAUGAUCUCUGUUUCUCAUAUGUCUGGAUGGCCGGUUCCUAAGAAAGAUGACGAGGCCAAUUUGAUUCAAAGAAUUGUUCAAGAAGUCUGGAAGAAAUUAAAUCGUGGAACAAGAGAGAUGCGUGUACCUAAAUAUCCAGUUGGAAUAGAUAGACAAGUUAAUAAUAUACUCUCCCAAGUUAUGUCUGAUGAAAUAAUUACUAUGGUUGGAUUAUAUGGAAUUGGAGGUAUUGGCAAGACAACUUUGGCCAAAGCUUUAUACAAUAAAAUUGCUGAUGACUUUGAAGGUUGUUGCUUUUUGAUAAAUGUUAGAGAAGCUUCAAAUCAAUAUCGGGGUCUUGUUGAACUCCAAAAGGAGCUACUUCGUGAGAUUCUAAUGGAUGAUUCAAUCAAAGUUAGCAAUCUCGAUAUAGGAAUUAGCAUCAUAAGGGAUCGACUAUGCUCAAGAAAGAUUCUUUUGAUUCUUGAUGAUGUUGAUACGAGUGAACAACUAGAAGCAUUAGCAGGAGGACAUGAUUGGUUUGGACCAGGAAGUGUGGUCAUUGCGACAACAAGAAACAAACACUUACUUGCUAUUAAUGAAUUUGAUAUAUUGCAAAGUGUUCAGGGAUUGAAUGAUGUUGAAGCCUUCGAGCUUUUUAGCUGGCAUGCUUUUAAGAUGAGUUGUCCAUCAAGUCAUUAUUUAUACCUAAUUUCAAAACGUGCCGUAAGUUAUUGUAAAGGUCUUCCCUUGGCUUUGGAAGUUGUAGGUUCAUUCCUUUAUUCUAUUGAGCCAUCCAAGCUUAAACUUAUAUUGGAUGAAUAUGAAAACCAAUACCUUGACAAGGGCAUCCAAGAUCCUCUUCGAAUAAGUUAUGAUGGACUUGAAGAUGAAGUAAAAGAAAUUUUUCUUUAUAUUUCUUGUUGCUUUGUAGGAGAAGACAUCAACAAAGUUAAAAUGAAGUUAGAAGCAUGUGGUUGUUUAUGUUUGGAAAAAGGAACAACAAAACUCAUGAAUCUAUCACUUCUGACCAUUGAUAAAUCCAAUCGGGUUGAAAUGCAUAAUUUAAUACAACAUAUGGGUCGCACAAUUCAUCUUUUGAAGACUUCUACAUCUCAUAAAAGAAAAAGAUUGUUGAUUAAAGAUGAUGCUAUGGAUGUCUUAAAUGGGAAUAAGGAAGCAAAAGGAGUUAAAGCCAUAAAAUUAAGUUUUCCUAAAGCUACCGAGUUGGACAUUGAUUCAAGAGCUUUUGAAAAAGUGAAAAAUGUGGUAGUACUCGAAGUUGGCAAUGUCACAUCUUCAAAAGGUACUGAUCUUGAGUAUCUACCUAGUAGCUUAAGGUGGAUGAAUUGGCCUCAUUUUCCUUUUCCAUCUUUGCCUACAACCUACACAAUGGAGAACCUUAUGGAAUUGAAAUUGCCAUAUAGCUCCAUCAAACAUUUUGGAAGAGGAUUCAUGAGUGGUGAACGGUUGAAGGAAAUUGAUCUUAGUGGCUCUGAGUUUUUAGUGGAAAUUGCUGAUUUAUCUACUGCAACAAACCUUGAAAAGCUGAAUCUUUUAGGGUGUGUAAAUUUAGUAAAAGUUCAUGAUUCUGUGGGAUCUCUCACUAAGCUUGUUACAUUUUCUCUUUCUAGCAAUGUUAAGGGCUUUGAGCAGUUUCCACCCCACCUCAAGUUGAAAUCCCUUAAACUUUUGUCAAUGAAAAAUUGUAGAAUAGAUGAAUGGUGUCCUCAAUUUAGCGAAGAAAUGAAGUCUAGCCUAGAAGAAUUGUUGAUUCAAUAUAGUACUGUAAUUAAUCAGCUAUCUCCAACAAUUGGAUAUCUUACUAGCCUAAAACGUUUGUUUAUCAUAGAGUGCAUGAAGCUCAAAACUCUUCCAAGUACAAUUUAUCGUUUAAGGAAUCUUACUUUUUUAAGUGUCAUUAAAUCUGAUCUAUCAACCUUUCCUUCCUUAAAUAAUCCUUCUUCACCUUCCUUAUUUCCCUACCUAACAUCAUUACACCUUUCCAAUUGUAAGAUAACAAAUUUGGAUUUCUUAGAAACAAUGGUUCAUGUUGCCCCUACAUUGGAACGGUUGGACUUAUCUAGAAACAACAUUUGUAGAUUACCCUCAUGUAUUAUUAAUUUUAAAUUCUUGAAAUCUCUUGUUACAAUGGAAUGCAAGUUGCUUGAAGAAAUUCCAAAGGUUCCAAAAGGAGUAGUUUAUAUGAAUGCUAUAGGGUGCAUAUCAUUGACCAGAUUUCCUGACAACAUACCUGAUUUCAUAUGCUGUGAUGAUAAUGUGGAAUAUGAUAAAAAAGACCAAGUAAUCAAACAACUCAUUUUAAUGAAUUGUGAUAUUCCAGAUUGGUUCAGUUACAAGAGUAUGAACAAUUCAGUAACGUUUCUUUUUCCACUUAUUGAUUAUCUAAGUUGGAAAAGGAAGGCUUUUAUUACUCCCUGCGUCAAAUUUCAAGUUUCUAUUGAUCAACCAGUUGAGUUUAAAUGUAGAGUGUUUAUCAACGAUAUUGAAGUAAAAUAUGAUCGACGAAAGUGUUCAAUUUUUAGUUUGGAGUUAUUGCUUAAAUAUAGAAAAGUAUCACGAGGUGAGUAUCUAUGGAUGGCAGUAUAUCCUAUGCAUGUUAUGGAUAGCUCGCCGAAUUCCUCGAUAGGUAGUUUGGAUAAAAUUACAGUGUUAUUCAAGGUAAAUAGUCUUAGGUAUAGAGAUGGAGUAAGUAUAAAAAUGUGCGGUGUUCACCUCAUCGUGGAGGUAUAAUUUGGAGAAGAAUUUGACAAAGUUGAAGUUAAACUAUGCAAAUCUGGAGAGAGAGGCUCUAUUUACUCUUUUGGACUUCUAAUUUUUAUUUUUGUAAAUAUAUGUUAUAUGAAGAGAGCAUGUUAUUAUUCAAGGAUAAAGGGGAAUUGAUCUUUGAAUUCUUUUCGAUAAGAAUUUGAUUUUGUGCUUUUCUUUUUUAAUUUAUAUUCAAUAUCAGGAAAUUUCUCUGA